GUUGUGCAGCGCGUCGCGAGGUUUGUCAGUCGCUUAAAACAUUCGCACGUAUGCAACAAAAUGCAACAACAACAACAGCAAAAUUAACACAAGUUUUUCAAUUUGUGCAAAAUCAAUCACAUCAGCAGAAAUUAUUAUACAAUAUACAUAAAUAAAUAUAAACCAAAAAGUAAAGUGACCUGUGCCCAAAACACAAUUCAUAAAUUUGUGUCACUGGCGCAAUGUCUCAAAAAUGCUGCAAUUGCAGAAACUGAUUAAUUGUGCACACAAUUUGGUGGCAAGUGCAGUUUCAACUCCAGUCAAUCUUCAAUCUGCCAACAAGCGAAAUGGCAACAACAGCGCAACAUUCAGCAACAUUAACAAGGACGACAACGACAGUAUCUGCCAAUGCAGUCACCACUCUGGCCGGCAUCAAUCAAUAUGAGGAGGACAUUGUACACUUGAGCCAUCUGUUUAGGGCUAAGAAUGUGGUGACCUUUGACAUUGGCAGCAUGGCCUGCACUGCGGGCAGCAGCAGCGGCGACAAUUACAUGUCCUUGGUGAAGCGUGUGACAAUCUACGAGGCGACAGAGGGCGCUAGUGAAAUGGCUAACGCUGCCACUGUCGCUGCCGCAGCCAACGCCAGCUGCUCAGUCAUCAUCAAGCGUCAAAUUGCGAGUCUCUCGCGUCGCCAGCUGUAUCGCUGCGAGGAGGCGUUUACCAAUGAGAUUAAUGUGUAUCAGCACGUGGUGCCGCUGCUCUGUCGCUAUAGCCGGCAGCCAAUAUUCCCACAAUGCUACUUGGCCGACAAUGAUGAUGGUAGUCCCAAUGGCGAGGCCAUUAUUGUGCUGCAGGACCUAAAAGCGUUGGGUUUCCGCAUGCAGAAUCGUCUGGCGGGUCUGGAGCUGCGUCAUUGCUUGCUGGUGAUGAAGAAACUAGCGCAGUUGCAUGCAGCUUCGCUGGCGGCACAGCAGCUGGAAUCCGCUCACUUUGCCCAGCAGUGUGCACAGAUGAAGGAGAUUGUCUACUGCCCGGAUGCGGCAGAUUUUUACUCUCGCAUUCUGGACACAUCGGUGCAACAGGCGCUGGACAGUCUGAAUGCCUCCAAUGGCGAUGGUAACCUGUCCAAGCCCAUACGCCUCAUUGAGCAACUGCAGCCAACGUUGUUUGGCCAGCUACAGAGAAGCAUCAAUGCGGCGGCAGCAACUCCAUUCAGCGUGGUGUGCCAUGGUGAUCUCUGGCUAAACAAUUUGAUGUUUCGCUCACAGCCAGAGGAGGUCAUAUUCUUUGAUCUGCAGGCCAUGAGACGCACCUCGCCGGUCUUCGAUAUACUGCAUUUCAUAUACACCAGCACACGUCGGCAACUGCGCGAUGUCCACACGGACACCCUGCUGGCCGCCUAUGCGGAGGCACUGCGCAAGGAGCUCGCUCAACAGCUGCGUCACACGCCGGCUGCCAAACAGCUGGAGGAGCUGUGCGAAACCUUCUCGCUGCAGCGUCUUAGCGAGGAGUAUGUGCGUCAUGUGCACUAUGGACUGGCCAUAUCACUGUGGAUUCUGCCAGCGGUCACCUUUGAUGCCAACAACAUACCCGAUCUGGAUGAGAUAAGCGAACAGAAUCUCAACGGCAAAGAGAUUAACUGCACCCAAAAGCUGACUCCAGAGUAUCAUCUGCGCAUCCGGGAAUUGGCGCUAGAGUUCUAUGAGCAUGGCUAUCUGGACAUGUGAAGAUCUGUAGUAUUUGUAGUUGUAUAACCAUUGAAACUAAGUUGUUUGCUGCUUAAUAAAUUAAAGAAUUAAUUAGUAUACAAA